AUGGAAGUGAUGGCAUUCGCUGGAAAAGAUCCACUAAGAGCUCCAAUAUCUCUUGCUCUAGAAAUAGAGGUGUAUGCGAACUCGAUCGAGUCGGUCUACAGAAGACUUGGUCGAGCUAGACUUACAACGGGUAGAAAGAGGGUUCAGAGGUCACAGAGGGUACAAGAGGAACCUGAGGUGCUUGUUGCUGAUACAAUGGAUGUACCAGAGGGGAAUGGAAACCCUUUGGGCAAUGGACUCGGUCGAGCUAGGCAAACUCGACCGAUUGGUCAAGGAGAUGCUCCAAACCGCCACCAACAGAGACAAGGGAUUGUUCCACCACCAGUGCAGAACCACAACUUUGAGAUCAAGCUGGGAAUGAUCAACCUUGUCCAGAACAAGAUGUUCCAUGGAUUGCCAAGUGAAGACCCCAUUGACCACCUUGAUGAGUUUGAUAGGCUUUGUGAUUUGACAAAGAUCAAUGGUGUCUCUGAAGAUGCCAUCAAGCUGAGACUCUUUCCUAUGUCUCUAGCUGACAAAGCUCACCAAUGGGAGAAGAGCUUGCCCCAUGGCACAAUCACCACUUGGGAUGAAUGCAAGAAGGCCUUUCUUGCUAAGUUUUUCUCCACCGGUCGCACAGCCAAGCUUAGAGGAGAGAUAUCCAGCUUCAUCCAGCGAAACAAUGAGACAUUCGCAGAGGCUUGGGAGAGGUUCAAAGGCUACACAAGUCAGUGCCCACACCAUGGAUUCAACAAUGAAUCACUACUCUCCACUCUUUAUAGAGGAUGCUUGCCUAGGUAUAGGGAGAUGCUAGACACAGCUAGCAAUGGGAACUUCCUCAACCAGGAUGUAGAUGAUGGCUGGCAACUUGUGGAGAACAUGGCCAUAUCAACAGGAAGCUAUGGAGAAGAGUAUGAGCACAACUGGAGCUCGACCGCGCACUCGAUCGAGCUGGAGCUCAGAUGA